AUGGCUUCUCUGGACCAAGUGGUUGCGCCUAACGCAUACGUGCGGGCAACCGAAACUGCGAAGUAUGUUCGCGAGCAAUUACCCGCGAGUCUUCAAAGCCCAAAGGUUGCGAUCGUUUGCGGAUCUGGAUUGGGCGGUCUUGCCGACACCAUUGAAGCUGAGCCAAAGGUGGCACUGGACUAUGCCAACAUCCCAAACUUUCCUCAAAGCACCGUGCAAGGACACGCAGGCAAGUUCGUAUUUGGACAGAUUGGACCUCAGAAGACAACAGUAGCACUUCUGGUGGGACGAGCACAUUUCUACGAAGGUCACUCCAUGGACGCCGCAACCUUUGCAACACGAGUAUGCAAGCUGCUUGGCGUUGAGACAAUCAUAGUCACAAACGCAGCAGGCGGUCUGAAUCAGACCUACAGCGUGGGAGACAUUGUAUGUCUGAAUGAUCACCUCAAUAUGGCUGGCCUAGUAGGCAUUCACCCCCUGCGCGGACCCAACAUCGACGAGUUCGGCACACGCUUCCCUCCUCUUUCAGAUGCCUACGAUCUUGACCUGAGAAGGCGGACGCACAAAGCCUGGGUCAAGCUGGGGCUGGAUAAGCAGCAACGAAAGCUUCACGAGGGUGUGUACGCAUUUGUUGCGGGGCCGACCUACGAGACCCGAGCUGAGUGCCGGAUGCUCAACAUGCUGGGUGCAGACGUCGUUGGCAUGUCAACUGUCCCUGAAAUCAUCGUAGCGAGGCACGCCGGCAUGCGCGUCCUCGCGUUCAGUCUAGUUACGAACAGUGCUGUCCUCGAGGCUGGCUCAAAGGGGAGCGACCCUGAGAUUCAGGAGAUGAGCAGGGCGGAGCUGACAGCGCAUCUGACCAAAGGCAUGGCAAAUCAUGCCGAGGUUUUGGACGCCGGGAGAGAGGCCGCAAAGGACAUGGUGGCCCUUGUUAAGCAGGUUCUGAGCGAUCUACAUGAGUAG